CGGUUGGCAGUCCUAUCACCCUCCUUAUAUAAGAGGCGUAGCUGUCUCUUUUUUUCUUCCAAGUCCAGAUUCAUUUAACCCUUUUCAUAAUCUGAUCAACAGAAGCUCCUAAGCCAACAACCAAACAAUGUACUGUCCGAGCGUCGGCGACAGGCUGGAAAGCCUCGACACCCCGUCCAUGAUCGUCGACCUUGACCUUAUGGAGAGCAACAUCAAAAAGCUAUUCACUACUCUCCAGUCAACCAAUUGCAACAUUCGACCCCAUCUAAAGACAACCAAAAGUGUGGUUCUUGCACGCAAGCUAGAAGCCGCAGGAGCAAAAGGUUGCUGCGUCGCCAAGGUGUCCGAAGCGGAGAUCGUCGCCGCCGCGGGAUUCGACGACAUCCUAAUCACCUGCGAAAUCAUUGGCAAGCCCAAAGUAAAGAGACUUGUUGAGCUGUUCAAGCAGCACAAAGCCAUCCGGAUUGUGGUUGAUAGCGAGGCCGGUGCUACGGCCAUCAAUGACGAGCUGGCGCAGUCCGGCGUGUCGGAACCCAUCGCCGUGUUGAUCGAUCUGGAUGUGGGACUCGGACGCACCGGCGUUGCUGCUGGGAACCCAGCUCUUGCUCUCGCCCAGCAUCUCGCUACAUUGCCCCAUAUGCGCUUGAUCGGGGUCCAGGGGUACGAAGGUCACCUGCAACAUCUUCACGACCGACAUGAUCGCAAAACCCAGUGUUUACAGUCUAUGAAGAUCCUAGUCAAUACCGCUGAGAUGCUGCGACAGGAAGACUUCAAUAUCGAGGUGGUUACUACAGGAGGAACCGGCACUGCGGAGUUCUGUGCUACGGUGCCUGGGGUGACGGAACUGCAACCGGGGUCGUUUAUUUUCAUGGAUACCGAUUACCGCAACGCUGUUGGAACUUUCUAUUCUAAUAGCUUGACUCUACUAUCCACUGUCAUCAGCAAGCAAGGGGACCGUCAAGUCACCAUCGACGCCGGUCUGAAGUCCCUCACUACCGAUAGCGGCUUGGCCGAAUGUAAGGACUCCAGGUAUAAACACCAGAACCUGGGAGAUGAGCACGGCUCGCUGAGCUGGGAAGACGGUGUGCCUAACUUGGAGAUUGGCGACAGGGCCGAGAUGAUUCCUAGCCAUAUUGACCCAACCAUCAACCUGCAUGACUUUUACUAUGCGUAUCGAAACGGAGUUAUUGAGGAAAUCUGGUCCGUUGACACUAGGGGCAGAGUUCAAUAGCAGGCCCUAAUCCCCAAAACAGCAUCAGAGCAGCGUUACUUCCUGUCAGGAAAAGCGGAUGUUGCAGCUUCGCACCAGAUCUCCUUCAAAUAGCCUUCGCCGAAUGAUACAUAGAGCUU